AUGGAUAAUGAGGAUGGCAAUGAAGUUCAACUUUCAGUAGUCCUCUCAUCCAUACUUAAGCAAGCAUCACAUUUGCUUUCAACGCUCCAGCAAAAAAAUUUUGAAAUUCGAUACAAGACAAAAUCUGAGCUAAUGCAAAAGCUAUUCACUAUUAAAGUGAUGUUUGGCCGAUAUCUUGUCUUAUUAAGGUCGAGAAAUCUAAUUGCUUCGAUUGAAAAACAACAAGCAAAUAUUAAACCUUCAAAUGCAGUUGAAACAAUCAAACAAAUUCAAGGUAUCAAAAAUAUUACAAAAAUAUAUAAGGCUCCUUCAAUUGCUCCAAUUAUAAGCCGCAUUUUUUCAAAGAAUAAUGUCAAUAUUAUAAGCGAUCAGCCUGAAGCAAAAAUUCAGCUUGUCCUAUCUGGUAUUUUCCAAAGCAAGUUACCACGUCGUAUUAAAUCUGCCAAAAUUAGGAACAAUUCGAUUUUUAUUAAUGCUUUCCCAUAUUACGAAGCCAACUUUCAUCUCGAUGAAGAUGGAUACUGUAUACUAAAAUAUUUGAGGUUAAACUGUGUUGAUUAUGGUAUUCAUAUUCAUAAUUUUGCAAGGGAACUAAUGGCUGAAUUUACGAAGACAAUUCAUCCAUUUCAUUACAGAGAAAUCAAUGCUUUAUACCAGCUUGACUCUAAGAUCUAUAAUUUUAUUCAAAUUGGAAAAUAUUUGAAUUUUUCAAAAGUUAUUAAUAAUUUCAGCGGAGAAUACAAUUUUCAAGUCAAAAAUAAUCAUGGCAUUACGGAAAUUCUAUUUCCUUAUUCAGAAGAUUUUUUUUCUUCAUUCAAACUUGUUCUACUUAACGGUUCUAUUUAUAUAACCUCAUCAACGCCAAUAUUAGAAUUUCCCAAGCAAAUUCCUUUUGUUGAGACCGCACAACAAAAAUUAGAUCGAAAUUUGAACAAUAAUGAGUAUUUUACGAAAAAGAUAUAUCUCAAAGAGAUUCUUAGUGAAAAUGAUAUACAAUGUGCACUUAACGAGAUCCAUGAUAUAAUACAUUUCACUGCAUGUUAUAAUCUUUGGGAAUAUCUUGUUACUAUGUUAUCUACAAAGCUUGAAAUAAUGCCUACGUGUUCAUUCCAUAUUCCUGAUAGCAAUGCUGAGAACUGUUACGCUAUAAUCGGAGUAGAAAAUGUUGAUGAAAUGAAAAUCAGUUUAGAUUACUUUUCAGGCAAGAUUAUUGUUAAUCUUAUUAAUGCAUCCAGCAUUACACAUGAUUUGGCCGAUUCUCUUUACUAUUAUAUCACAGAAUCAAGAUUACAAAUGGUUGAGUCAGUUUUGUUUGGUUUCAGGACUCAUGCUGUACUAUUUAAUUCUACAUUUUUCAACAAAGGAUUAUUUUCUUUCCAUUUUUCAUUUGCAACUCAUUAUUUUGUUCAAAUCCUUUAUAACGCUCCAAUUCCUAAGCCUUUGAUAACAGAUGCCGAUAGGAGUGCAAUAUUCUUAACUCCUGGCCUGAUUAACUUUGUAAUUAGACUCAAAAUUUGUAAAGAAAAUAUUGAAUUUGCAAUUGUUGAUUCUGCGAUCGCUCUAAUCCUCAAAGAUAUUGAGUAUUAUCUCAAACAACUCGGAUUUGCUACAUCAAUUAUGGGUAAAUCCAUUCAAUGCAUAAUUUCCCCAUCUCAUGUCCUUCAAUUUACAUUAUAUCCGAACAUGAGAUGGGUUAUUAAAAUUGUUCCAUCAAACCAGUUGCCAAAUUCAGCUAACUGUAUUGAAAUUACCGGAAAUUCCAGAUGCACAAGAUUUUCCGAGUAUAUUGUCCAUAUAAUUGAAUCUUAUAUGAGAUUUUCUACUAUCGUGUAUCAGUUGAGAUCAUAUCAUGCCAUCAAUCCAGAUGAUUUUUCAUUAACUCAGUUAAAUGCUUUGAGAUUUAAUGUUAAAGUGCCUCAUCUGGACUUGUCAAUCGAUUUUGGCUUAAUAAAUCAGUAUAUGAAUGACAUGCUCAGGCCUACUUUCAACUUAAAUGUGAUAAAAGUCUAUGAUUUCAUUGCUCCAAGUUUAUCUUUCAACGCCCCGACCAUUCUUUCCAGUGCGAACAUAAUCGAUAAGUUUUCUGAUACAAAAGUAAGCAUCGCUAUCCUCAAAGGACUCCUCCCUUACAUUUCUAAAAUAUUAAGAGAUUUCGGAAGCGACGAUAACUGGACAGCGAUGACAGAACUAUUUGGAGAUGAAAUUAUCUUUACAUACUUGAAGAGAUUGACCUUGAAAAUCCACUUAAAACCUCGACAUAUUAUUCACGGAUUUAUUUCUUUGACAGGAUUCUCAACUUUCAUCUUAAAGCCAUUGAGUCUCCUUGAGGUUAAUGUAGAGAAGCGCUCAGACUGCUACUUUUUCGCUUCUGACUUAUCAUUACUGGAAAAAUUAAGACUUAUGAUGCACAAAAUCUCAGCCUUGUUUAAAUUUUGUGUUGCUUACAAUAUUUGUAAUUUCACUCUCACAGGAGCUGAUUUCAUUGGUACAACUCCGAAUAAUUUGAUCUCAAUUUACUUGUCGACAAUGAUCUACAUGAGAUUCCAAGGUAACGACAUUGCAACAGAGUUCUCGAUGAAUUUCUUAAAACGAGUCAGAAACUCAAAAUUGCAGCUGAUUAUGUGCGAUUAUAUCCUCAAAAUUUUGACAAAGCCAUAUUGGUCAACGAUUAUUUCUCUUUUUAAUGUUUUGAUACCAGAAAAAAUCGAUUGGCCAUUUGUUUUGAAAUCCUUGAAAUUUGAACCUGAUUCUGCCAAUUUGAUUAUCAAAAAUGAUACAGAAGCGAACAUUCCUCUCAAGAUUACCAAUGGAACUAUCCAACAUGCAAAAUCAAAUGAUUGGGUUGAUCAACCAACUUUAAUUAACUUUUUAUCAGGACAACAAAUGAAAUUCCAGAGCUUGCUAAACUUCUUAGGAUCACACUGA